AUGAAAGUAUUCGGUUUGACCUUCGUGGUCGCUCUGUUGGGAAGCACGCGCGUUAUCGCCGCUCCCGUUGAUCCACCUGCUGAAACCCAGGGCUUGAGCAAUUUUAUAUCAAGCGUAAUCUCACAGUACUCUCGCUUGGGACCUUACCCCACUUUCAACUCAUCGACUAUUGCUCAUCACACGUCGAAGCACCACAAGUCUGGCAAGGGCAAGUACAAGACCAAGACUGUGACUGUGACCGAAGACUGUGAUGACAAUGACGAUGAUGAAAGCUUCACCACUUCUGUGGAGAUUUCUGAAUCUACCCCGGUGACCGUGACUGCCCAGCCAACUGUCACCAAGACCGUCAUCCGUAUCGAUUUCGAGACUACCAAGUCUCUGCACAAGCCAAAGCACACCAAGCACCACUUAACUGAGACUGAGGUCGAGACCGAGACUGAGACCAUUGAGUCAGCUUCUCCCACUGUCACCGAGUCUUCCAAGACGCACACUAAGCACCACAAGUCCAAGCACACCAAGUCCAAGCACCACAAGUCUAAGCACCACACCAAGCACAGCUCAUCCGAGACUGUUGUGGAGACACCUGUGCCAACCUUAGUCCAGUCAUCAUCCCAGUCCUUGUCACAAUCUGCGUCCGACACCUCCAAGGAAGAGGUUGUUGUCGUCACGACCGAGGAAGUCGAAGUAAUCACCACCGGUGUCGAGGAGAUUGUCUCGACCAUUACUCUCAGCGAAGGCGAGACUAGACUGUCUACCCUGUCCAAGGCAUCCCCCACCUCGAGCAGCACUGUGACAACUUCCGACUUCGAAAAGUUCUAUCCUUUUUUGACCUCUGAUCUUCCUCGUCCCACUGAGACACCUGAGUUCAACCCACUCUUUGAUCCGCCACGUACUCCGACUUUCCCUUCAGAAUUGUUCCCUUACCCUACGACUCAAUCUUCUGAAGACGACACGACCACUCAUACUCGCUCGGGUCACAAGACAAAGGAACCGCCUAGCAUCUUUAGCGAGGUGUAUCCCUUUACAAGUGUCCUCAGCAAGAUGACUCCCCCUUCGAGCAUCUCCAGCGAGGAAGCUUUCCAACCAAGCUUCACCCCAGACUUUGUGUACACCAUGGUAGACCCAAUCAGCACCAUCACGACAGCACCCGAGUUUCCUCUCCCUGCGACUUGGAGCGCUGACGAUGCCACUGAGACCCUUGUCGCUCGUGACUCUGCAGGCGAUCCAAAGAAGAAGCACGACAAGAUGGUCAGACCCGACAAAGCAAUAUCCAAGCGCAUGUCCAGAUGGAGCAAGCACCACUCCAAACUCCUCGAAAAGUCCUGGUCAGCCCACACAAAAUACAUGGUCAAAUCUCUCGAGCAGCAAAUGGAAUACGAUGCAAAACACAGCAAGAAAGACCACAAGACCACUCUCGCUGCCGUCCUCCCAGUCGCCAGUGCCAUUGCAGACGCCAACGCAGCAGCCCUCGUCGCCCGCGAGGAAGCCGUAGCAGACGAAGGCGACCCGGAAAAGGACUACCGGCGCAAAAUGAGCCUCGCCAAAAAAGUCUACAACAAAUUCUCUUCUUAUGCCGAAAACCAGUUCGAAAAGGAAAACUCAAAGGAGCAGAAAAAGGCCUCCAAGAAGCGCGCAAAGUCAAUCGCAAAGCAAAACAAAAAGGAAGAAAAGUUUCGCAAGAAGGCUAUCAAGUCGAGAAUCAAGCACCAGAAAGGUGACGAUGACUAUGAGAAGUUUUAUGAUGGUGAGGAGGAGGACCUUGUUGUGUUCGCUGAUGUGGAGGUGAGGGACAUGACGACCCCUGCGACUGGUGUUCCUGCCAGGGCGACUGUGACUGCUACGGUUACUACGGUUGUUGGAGGACCUGCUGGAAAUGGCACUCUCUCAACUUCGUGGAGAAGCCAUCAUGCUAGUCAGACUGCUAGUGUGUCGACUGCUGGCUGGUAA